AUGUCUUAUCAUUACAAUGAAGCCUUUGAAAGCCCAGACUACCACUUCUCAGAGACACUGGAAAUUGAUAGAAGGAAGAGUUCUCAAAAGAAUCUGUUCUCUCACCAAACCCCUUAUUAUUCUUCACUGCCUGGUUCCUAUGGAGAACACAGUCAAAGAGGACAGAAUUACCCUCCAGUGGCCUCCACGAGACAUGGCUCUGAAUAUAGCGAAAGCUUACCAAGAGUUAAUGUCCUAAGCAGAAGUCCACAUGGAAAUUCCACGGAUAAUCUUUCCUUUGAGCCUGAGCCAGAACUGGCAUACAGACCACCUUCUACCUUCCAUCUGCUGGAUCGCCCCUAUACCUGCAGAAUUUCCAGUGUAUCAGAAGAUAGCUUUAUUCAGAGAGGCGACAGAAAACCACCUGAUGAGAUCUUCAUGACUUCUUCCAGCCUGUGUGAAGCAGAUCCAGUGUGCACAGAAGAGGAGAAGUUCGUUGAAAAUCUUGCAAGUAUGUCGAUCAGUGAAAGGAUUAAAACAAUCCAGAAAAUGCCAGAGACCAUGAAAAAAAAGAGAGAGAUCAGAAAUAAAGUUCUUAAAGAAAUAACAAAGAAAUCAAGGCGCCACAGCACUCAACUUUCCUGCUGUACACAGUGUCUGCAGGGAACAGUAGUGUUAUUUCGGCGAUUUGGAAAUAGCUUGUUGGAAUAUUUUCACCUACUGCAGUUAUGGCACAAGACUCUGAAGAUCAUUGGUGCCGAGUUUGGAACAAGUGUUCUCUCUUAUUUUAUUUUCCUGAAGUGGCUGCUAACUUUCAACAUCUUCUCAUUCCUCAUAAACUUCAGUUUCAUCACAAUCCCUCAGUUUGUUGCAGCAGAACCAAAUAACCUUUCAUUCACGGGUCUGGAGCUGUUCACUGGAGGUGGUUAUUUUGAACAAACAGUACUCUACUAUGGCUUUUACACCAAUACUACCAUUAGUAAAAUAGAGAAUGGUCCAUCUUACAACAUGCAGCUGGCCUAUUUUUUCACUGUUGGAAUAUAUUUUGUCAUCUGUUUUCUUAUCUUGUUGUUCAGCAUGGCAAAAUCCUUCUGCAGGAACUUCAUUAACCCUCAGACAUACUCUGGAAAUACUAGCAAACUUCUCUGCAGUUGGGACUUCAAUAUAACUAAUGAAAAAGCUGUGAAGCUGAAACAAAAGAAUCUCAGCACACAAAUAAAGGAAGACCUCACUGAUGUAAACCGAGAAGUUCUAAAUUUUUCUUUAAGAGAGAGUGUUGUUCGUAAUAUUAUUCAUCUUGUUUCUUGGGUUGCUUCCCUGGGAACAGCAGUAGCUGCUUGUGCUGGUGUUUACUUCCUCUCCAUUAAUAACCUAAAGCUGUUUGUGAAAGUGUAUAAAAAAGACCUAGAAAACCAAGCUGCCACCUUGGUGCUGCCUGUUGUCACAUCUCUCCUCAACACGUUCAUCCCAUUCUUCUACUCGUGGCUUGGACGCCUGGAGAGAUUUCAGAGUCCCGGACACCAGAUAUAUAUCACUAUUACCAGAAAUAUCAUCCUGAAAAUAUCAAUUGUUGGAAUACUGUGCUACUACUGGCUUAAUAUUGUGGCUGCAUCAGAGACACAGUGCUGGGAAACUCUGGUUGGCCGAGAUAUCUAUCAUCUUGUUCUAGUUGACUUCAUAUUUAUUUUGCUUGGCUCUUUCUUUGGAGAGUUUUUACGAAGAAUUAUUGGAACUACAGUCUGUGUGAGCCUGGGGAUGCCAGAGUUUGAUAUUGGACGAAAUGUUUUAGAUUUGAUCUAUGCACAGACUUUGACCUGGAUCGGUAUCCUCUUCUCACCUCUGCUGCCUGGUAUCCAGAUGAUUUCAUUUUUUAUAGUAUUUUAUGUGAAAAAGGUCAGUCUGAUGAUGAAUUGCCAACCCCCUCGCAAAGUCUGGAGAACUGCUCAAAUGACAACAUCCUUCAUGUUCCUGCUGUUUUUCCCUUCCUUCCUUGGAGUCCUGUGUGUCAUUGGAGUCACUGUCUGGAGGUUAAAACCUUCAGAAGAAUGUGGUCCUUUCAGAGGUUUGUCAUCUAUGUAUGCUGCAGUCUCUGUCUGGAUAAAAGUACUGGAAAAGCACACUGCCUCAAAAUGGGUAGUGUGGAUCUACUAUAACUUAAUCACAAGUGAACUUUUCUUCUUCAUCCUGUCCGUUCUUGUCCUAAUUAUUUCUUAUCUUUACUGGCAAAUAACAGAAGGAAGAAAGACCAUGACCAAACUCUUACAUAAGCAAAUUAUUAAUGCAGGAAGAGAUAAAUUGUUUUUACUUGAAAAACUGCGGACACUGCAAAGGACAAACCAAAACCCAUCUGUGCCGGGACGACAAGACCAGCAGGUCAGUUUGGUAGUUCAGAGACUACUGUUUCAGUUACGUGCUUGGCAACCUGCCCAGCAAAUGCCAGGCUACCCAGGAAGGGCAUUUAGCAGAAAUCAAAAUGCAUCCCACAACAAGUAUCACUAUUCUGCUGGGAUCUUGAGGGGCACUGGCUUCCCACUAGAUUCAGAGACAUCCCAGCCCAGCAGCAGGCCAGGUGUGUCUGAGGCAGUGGUGCUCGCUCUGCGGGAAGACGAAGAAGAUGACAAAGAUUUUUGA